AUGGCAACAGACUACUGUGACCGUUCUGUGGAGCUAUUAAAAUGCGCUCAGCUGCUGCACCAAAAAGUCAUGUCCGGUCGUGUCAUUCUGAAGCCCCGCGUAAGCCAACCGGGAGCAGUCGCGGCCUACUUUGCGCCGACUCUUCUCAAAACACAAUUUCUCCCACUCAUAAAGCAGGUCUCCGUCAGCCUUACAUUGUGCCAAGCUAAAAUGGACCAACUUGUCAGUCUGACGGAUCGCUACAAUACAUCUUCCCCUCCCGAUUCCCAACUCGCCACUAGCAUCUCCAACCUUGCACAAAAACUCCAACCCGAGGUGGUCGCGAUCAGCGGCUUCUUGCAGCGUGUAGCCGCACUGUCUACACAGGUCCAGCAGGAAUUUUCUAGUCAUCCACAGGUCUGCAAACACGUCAGGGCGUUGGUAUCGUCACAGGAGUCUCGUCUGGCGGAUCUGUCAAUGCACCUACGGGAUUUCAUGGAAACGAAUAAAGCAAUUGUCAUGGGCACUCUGGCGGACACGGAGGAAUCUUCUAUACCCAUAAUAUCCACAUCGGCAGUGAUGCCACCCCUUCCAACCUCACUGGUCUCGUCGAUACCUCGUCCGCCCUCUUCACAUCACACAAAACAGGCGAUACCAGUUGUGGAACCUCUUAGAGUAGGCAAUUGCGACUUGUCUGUAGCCAGUAUCAUCGUUGCGAUGAUGGCGCGGUUUCUCGUCACUUCAACGCCAUCCUGUGUAUUUCAGCGUGACGAAACUCCAAUCAUCGUGCAAGACCAGUCGCACCUGCUUCUACCCAGCAGCACCCAACAGAUGGUGGUUCGUCAACGCGACAACUCCGCAGCCCUGCGCCACACCGAGGCGACCAUCGUCCAGCUCGGCGAGAUCUACCAGCAGUUUUCGUUCCUGGUUAAGGAGCAGGGCGACCUAGUGGCUCGCAUCGACUCCAACCUCGAGGACGCCAAUCUCAAUGUCAGUUUCGCGCACGACCAACUGGCGGAAUUCCUGCGUUACGUCUCCUCGCGACGCGCCUUCAUGCUCAAGUUCUUCGCUGUUCUCAUGGCCAUUUUUUGUCUAUUUGCAAUUUUCAAACGAAGGGCACUCAUGCCAGAAUUGAUUUUUGAAAAGUAUUCUGUUAAGCUUACCAAUGUUUCGGUUGAAAUUGCUGAGAAAUCACCAGAAACCCAAGACCGCAAACGUCCCAGUAGCGGUGAUGAACCGGUGAAGCUGCCACAAAAGCGUCUCUAUCGACAACGAGCCCACUGCAACCCCUGGUCCGAUCACUCCUUCCCCUAUCCGGUGCAACCCGAGGCCUUCGAUUGGGGCGGUCUUUUCGACGGCAAUCCCCACCCCCCAGUGACCAUGGUCGAUAUCGGCUGCGGAUACGGUGGUCUCCUGUUCAGCCUCUCCACGAAAUUCCCCGAGGCCCGGGCUGUCGGCUUGGAGAUUCGUCUUAAAGUGGUGGAUUACGUUCAGGCAAAAAUUAAGGCUCUUCGCCUCAACCACCCAGGAGAGUACCAGAACAUUGCGUGUGUUCGCACCAACGCCAUGAAGUACUUGCCAAACUUCUUCAAGAAGGUUCGCGCCUUUAUUGUUACUUCUGUCUCUAUAUUUAGUGUCUUCCUAAACUCCACUCCUGAACUGCGUGUGAAACGCCUUUCUUCUAGCAUUCAUGCUGUCGGACAGCUGGAGAAGAUGUUUUUCCUCUACCCCGACCCCCACUUCAAGAGACAGAAGCACAAGUGGCGCAUCAUCAGUCUAGCCCUGCUCACCAUCUACGCCUACCACCUGCGACCUGGCGGACGCAUCUACACCAUGACCGACGUGCCCGACCUCGCGGAGUGGAUGGCCAGCAAACUGAGGGCCCAUCCGCUCUUUCGAGAAUGCCACCACCUUGAGCUGCCGGCGGAAGAUGGCGUGGAGAAGGCUUCCGCGGAGGACUCCUUGGUUGGGCUUCUGGCUGCCGGCGUCACGGAGGAGGGCAAGAAAGCGGCCCGGGAGGGUCGUGGGGCGACUAUUUCCGUCUUCGAACGAAUUCCCAACCCAGUGGAGGGCUAG